UUUCCUUCCUUUUUACAAAUAUCAUACCACACCUUUUGGGUUUCCGUUUAGUUUGUGGCACAACCUGAUGCACGGAAAGACUGAUGACAGAUGGCAUUCUGAAUUUGUUUGCAUUUUAUGAUUUUUUGGAGGUUGAAGCAAAUGACAGAGGAGUAUGGAGCAAUUUCUUCUUCUUGCGAUGUUAGCAGUGGGAACUCACGGAUUUUCAGCGUGGUUCCCAGUUCCUGAGACCAAAUGUGAUUUCACCCAUAACACAUCCCUACCAUGCGCUCCUGUUGUUGGAGGAACCGUGUUCAUCAGACUGAAGGCCAAUAUCACCGGCUACCAGCUGAAUUGUUUCAAAAAUCAGGAAAAGCUGUUUUCUUUUAAAAAGAACAAGCUGACGUCCAUGGCUGCGUAUGUAAACAGAACAGAGUUUUUAAUCAGCAAUGGGACACUCAAGUUCACCAGUGUGGAGAAGAGUGAUUCAGGUCAAUACCGUGUGGAGGUGUUUGAUUCUGAUGGAAAACAUGCACAAGACAUCAAAUUUAAUCUUGAAGUUAAAGAAAACAUCUAUCCUAUUGUGAUCCUGGUCUGUGUGGGCCUGGGUGCCCUCCUGAUUGUGUUGCUGUGUUGCUGUGUGUGCUGCAAAGUGAAGCGUCGCAGGAAGUCAGGAAAACGUCAGGUAAAGGAUACUAAAGAGUUAUCAUCUUUAGACUAGAAUGACUUCAGCUCAGGGUAAACAUCAUCAUCGUCAUCAUCAUCAUCAUCAUCAUCAUCAUCAUCAUCAUCAUCAUCAUCAUCAUCAUCAUCAUCAUCACAUCACAUCAUCACUGUUGUUAUUGUUGUCGUUUUCAUCACCAUAGUCUCCAUCAAAUACCAAACGAAAGACAUGAGAACAAAACCAAAUAAGCUGGACUUUGACCACAGAGUGAAGUUAGUUCAUGAAAACUUAUUUUUUAUAAACAUUUGCUUAAAAAAACUUGAUUCUGAUGCUUUUUUUGCUCUUCAUUCUCAUUCUGUGGUCUUUGCUUAUGAAUCUGGCUUUCAUGCCAAGUUGUUGAUCUACUGUGAUGUAAACGAUCCAUUCUUGUAACUGAUAUUCAGAAAUUCAUCUACAUUUUGGUUUCUGUACUUGUCUAUUUUGCAUUAGAGCUACAACCAUUUACUUGGUUUAUUCAGUUGAUUUAUUUGUGUUUUAUAGUGAGCUGUUUUUUGCAUAAUACCAAAUAUAAUUUUGUUUAUUAAAAUUUUUUGCAAUUUCUUAUAAACUAAAUUAAAACUGUUCCACAGUUAACAAAACCUAACAUUCUAGGAGCAAAUAGCCAACUAUAACCACAUAAACAGCUUUGUGCUUUUUGCAAAACAUUACACACACAUACAGUUUUUAUACUAAAAUAUUUAAUAAUGCUACAUCCUAACACCAAAGCACAGACUUUGAAAUGAAGCUGAAUAAUUUUAGUGAAUCUCUAAAAUCCGUCACAGUAAGAGAAAUAAUGAUUUCCGCUGGUGCCAUGUAGUGAUGGUGAAAUAACUUUCUCUGUGUAAAUGCUACAUAUGUUUUAAGAUCAGUACCGGAGUGUCAAUGAUUAAAACAGUUUCACAUCAUAUGUUGUAUGUGUUUUGCAGAGACAAUAAUACUCAUGUGUUUCAUUUAAAAAAAAAAUCUGAGGUAUUGUCCUAAUUGUGUGAAGCAUUAUGAGAAAUCAAGCCCUGCAUUCAAAAUUGUGCUUAAGGAAAACAACCCUGUCACAUUAGGUCGAAAAAGAAGCAGGUCAACAGGAUUUAGUUGCAUCAUAGUGAUGGGAAAAUAUCUUCAUUCUCAAAACAACUUCCUGACAUUUUAAUGUGUACCUGUACUAGUUAUCAUGGAGACAAAAUAAAUGAAGAAUGGA